AUGGUCUUUGGACUAGACAAAGAUGUAGGCAGCGAUGAGGACGAAGAUGAGUCCGACUCUUUGAGCGAAGAUGAAUACAAUGGUAACGGAGGAGGAGUCGAUAGUAACUCUAAUGACGAGAAUACAGAAAAAUAUAGGGAAGCAACAGCAAUAUCUUCGGAUCCACGCUUCCAACUUGAGGAUGGGAAGGCAGAACAUGAAGUUAAAAGCCAAACCCGAGUACGAGGUGCCAAAAAAAAGUCGAAAAAGGUGAAGCCAUUGACACCAGAGGCAUUAGAGAAAUUUCAAGCAGCUCGUGAUAAAACUGGGAUUGUAUACUUGUCAAAAAUCCCACCUUUCAUGAAACCAGUCAAGCUGCGUCAUUUACUUGGAAAAUUCGGAGAGCUUGGCCGAGUUUACUUGGCACCAGAAGAUCCAAAGAUUGCUGCACGCCGUAAAAAGUACGGAGGAAAUAAGAAGCAAAACUUUACAGAAGGAUGGGUGGAGUUCAAGGACAAGUCAGUGGCAAAGCAGGUUGCCAAAACUUUGAAUACAACUACCAUUGGAGGCAAAAAGAACAACCAUUAUCAUGAUGAUAUCUGGAACAUCAAAUAUCUACCGAAAUUCAAGUGGGACCAUUUGACAGAGCGAAUUGCCUACGAGAACGCCUCUCGAGCACAGCGACUGCAAGCGGAGAUUAGUCAAGCCAAGAGGGAAAACAAGUUCAUAUUAAGUAAUAUUGAAAAAUCCAAGAUGAUCAAAAGUAUUGAGGAGAAGAAGGCUGUGAAGAGGAAGGCUGCAGAGUAUGAAAAUGAUAAUAAUGAAGUUGUUGCCAAUGAGGAAUCUGAACCUAAGAUCCGGCGGGCUUUCAAGCAGCGGCGGCUAGAAGAUCAUAGCGAGUCAAGUACAAAACCAUCGACAGCAACUCGAACUCUAGUUCAGGGUAAGAUCAAAAGCGUUCUUGGAAACGUUUUUGGUCGCUAA